AUUGCUUGCCUGCGAUCGGUCGCAGUUAGCGAUCGCAGUUGCGCCGUUCGCGUCGCGCACCGAGUUUGCUCGUUCGUCCUCGUCAUGUUCCUCGUGACACGUCUCUCGUAAUCGGUUCCUGAUCGGCACGUGGCUACGCGUGCGUGCGUGUGUGCGUGCGUGCGUACGUGUACAUAGCGCGUGUACACCGUACAGAUGCAUCAGUGUGAUCGUCAGUCGGAUCACGAUACUCGCGCGAUACGCGCGCAACAUUCCGCUCGUCGCUCAGUCGUCGCUUGAGUCGUGCACGUGGUAUGAGAAAUGUUGAGAAACGCUGGAGAAGAUUUCCCGGCAAGCCCGGAAACCGAGCAGCUGUUAUCCGUUCGUACACACGGUAACACGCCAGAUGCACGCGUGAGACCCCAACCUGGAGAACGAUGGUCCUCGGACGAGACAUACCUUCAAGGCGGCGUCUCGUCGUCGAGACCGACACCUCGAGACAAACCCGUGGAAUUAAACGGUGACGUUUCGCAGAUCGGCGAAACCUCGAACAAUCCGAGCGUCGUGAUAAGGUUGCCCUCAGUCAUCACAGACGAUAACCAGUGUAACGAUGAUCCACCACCCUACAGCGCGAUCACACCCCCGAAUCACGUUGGCUGGCCGUAUGGGAUUUUUUCAUACAGUCACUCGUGUUCGACGGACGGGACGCCCAGCAGAGCGGAAAUACCACUGGCGGCAUUUUUCCAAGGAACUUCAACAGCUAUGAAUUUCCAUCACGAAGGAAGCGACGGCCAGCACACGUCGUCCUUCUCGACGCCUUACCAGUUCUUCAAAUUCGGCUGCCGCAGGAAUUCUGUUCUGAGGGAAACGUCAUUUCCGGACAACGGGAUCGCAGAGAAAAUCGACGACACGAAAUCACGAAGAUACGGCGGCAUUCUUGUGGCAGCGGCGGUAAUCAUCUUCCUCAUGGCCCUGUCCUUGAUGGUUCGCUUCGUCAUGGAGAGAAGUUGGUGGCGAGCAUAGUCCAUGGAGAUCGGCGAUCACUUCGGGAAUGCUCAUCGAUAAAUUCUAAUUUACGAUAGGUCAUUGCCGUUCGUUCAUCAACGAAUCUGUGAUUAGAUUUUAGCGUAACAUACUCUGUUGGAAUGCGGGAUGAACUCUGAGACUUUACGUUGCUUAUUUCGAAGAAAUAUUUUUUACUCUUUUUUCAUUUUUAAAUUAUAAAUAAAGAAAGUCAGAUUUAUCAUGUCAAUCACUGAACGAAACUUGAUGUCUAUAGUUUUGAUGUACAAAGUUAUUAUGAAUUGCUACUUCAACUAAAGAUCAAUAUAUUUAUACACAUGCGCAGUGCAUGUGAGCGGUAAUUGUCGAGUAAUCUUCGAUCUUUUUUUAUUUCAAAAAGACACGCGAAUCAAUUUUUGAAAAUUUUUGCAUAUUUGUAAAUAUUCUUGCAUCGCAUAAUCAUUACGUACGUAUAAUCUUUACAUUGGCCUUAGAAAAGGUUAUCGUCAUUAAUUCAGCAUUACGCAUAUAAAAUUAUUUCUCACACACAUUUCACAAUAAUAUGAUUUAAGCCUGCGAAAACAUAAUGAUUACAUUCAUUCUAUCGCGUGUCAUUUAUGUCUGUAAUAUCGUUAUGUUUAUUGUAGAUAAUGAAAAAUACAUUUUUAUGUUGAUAUUAUGUAUACUAAACGCGGUUUUCUAUGCUAGAAUAUACUGGAUUAUUCAGGAUAAUACAAGUGCUUUAAAGCGAGAAGUGCUUGUUGAAUGCAAAAGAGAAUAUGUGUCUUAUGAUUAAUAAUACAAGUAUUUUUAUUUACAUUUGGAACUUUUAUAUUAUAUUAUUAAAUACGUCAUUAUUAAAUAUCAAGAAUAUUUUAAUGACCACGAUUUUGCUUGAUUUUAUUAUUAGGCUACGUGCGGUAAUAAUUAAAUAAUAUAAAUCUUCUGUUAGCAUUCAUCAGACUCCUAUUAUAAUCUUAAUGUGACAUUUUAGUCGAUUUAUUAUAAUUCUGGAAACAUUAGUUUUCAACAUCACAUCUGCAGAAUAGCUUUCAUACUCUUCAGAUUAAUUUCCAAGCAAUGCGCCGCGGAAAAAAAUUUUUUAAAUUAAAUGGCAAAAUAAUUUAUUUAAAAAAUUCAAUAUGUUAUUUGAUUUUUAUAUUUUUAUAGAUAAAUUAUCUAUGUUUAACCGUAGAUUAUUUAUGUAUUUUUAAGAUUGAAGAAUCACAGAUUCUUGCGUAGGGCUCAAGUCCUUUUUUCCUGCGCCGCAUCAAAACAAGAUAUGAAAGGAAAGAAUGAUUCUUGAAACCGGCUCAUCUGUAAAUGAAAUCCCUUUCUCUGCUAGAUCACAAGUUGGAACAAUCAAUAUUUUCUCGCUCUUCUUUCUCUCGUGUUUAAGUGUUCAGGAUAAAACGAAAUCUCGUAAGCAAAUAUACAAAAUAUUAUACAAUAAAAUUCAGCUUUGUCUUGUGUGUUUGUGAUAA